AUGACUCGCAUUCUGCUCACCGGUGCCUCCGGCUUCAUUGCCUCACACAUUCUCGAGAAGCUCCUCGCCCGCGGCUACUCCGUCCGCUUCACCGUCCGCAGCGAAGACAAAGCGCAAAAGCUGCUCGCCGCGCACUCCUCGCACGCCUCCCAACUCGACUACGUCCUCGUCCCCGAUAUCGUCGUCCCCGGCGCCUUCGACGCCGCCGUACAGUCCGACCCCCCCUUCGACGGGAUCCUCCACACCGCCUCCCCAUUCCACUUCAACGUCACCGACCCGCAGAAGCAGCUUAUGGAGCCCGCCAUCCAGGGCACCGUCGGCAUCCUGCAGGCCGCCCAAAAGUACGCCCCCAGCGUCAAGCGCAUCGUCAUCACUUCCUCGUUCGCCGCGAUAUUCGACGCCGCGCAGGGAAGCUACCCGGGAAAGACGUACACGGAGGCCGACUGGAACCCAAUCACGUGGGAGACUGGCCUCGAGAAUCCGCUGAACGGGUAUCGCGCGAGUAAGAAGCUGGCGGAGAAGGCAGCGUGGGAGUUUGUAGAGAGGGAGAAACCCGGUUUCGAUAUUGCGACGAUUAAUCCGCCGAUGGUGUUUGGGCCGCCGAAGCCGUAUAUUUCGAGCUUGGAGAGCCUGAAUACUAGUAAUGAGCGCACACUGGACUUUAUCCGCGGUAAAUGCAAGCAGGGCCUCCCCCACAGCGGUGUCUUCCUCUGGACCGACGUUAGAGAAGUAGCAGAAGCGCACAUCCUCGCCUUCGAGAAGCCCGACGCCGCCAACAAGCGCUUCCUGAUCUCAUCGAACGAGUACUUCUCCAACCAGAUUAUUGUGGACAUCAUCGCAAAGUGCUUCCCCGAGUAUGCCGACCAGUUUCCGGAGGUGCGGGAACCGAACGAUGGGCUGCCGGAGGAAGGGUGCUAUAAGGUGGAUAACAGCAGGAGUAGGGAGAUUCUGGGGAUGAGUUAUAGGCUGUUGGAGGAGUGUGUUAGGGACCUGGUUGUCGCGCUGAAGGAGAUGGGGCUGUAG